AUGCGCAGACACGCCAAUAGCUCUAAAGCUUCACGGCAUGGAGCGCAUGCCGUUGAUGAAGAUGAUAGCGACGGCAACCCAAACGAUCAAUGGACACCGGAAGAUCCCGAUGUGAAAGAAGACUAUGCAAGUAACUAUUCAUCCGACCCAGAAGAAGUCAACUACAAGAAAAAAAGAAUCAGAAAAAAAGGUAGAAAAGCUAAAUUCUUAGUUGAACAGCUUAUGUACGACCAGCAAAUGAUGGCUAAUCAACAAUCUAUGAUGCGACUACAAUCUCAGCAAUCAACAUAUUUACCAAAUCAACCUCAAAUUUCUCCAAUGUAUCCGCAACAGUCAUACAGUUGGAAGCAGCCUCGCUACUUACCUGAACUUGAAACCGUUGGUAAAAACCAUAUUCCUGGAAUUAUUGAUGUUGUUCCAAGAGGGCAGCAUUAA